AUGAAGACAUUUGCCCUCAUUGCCUUGGUUGGUCUUGUAGCUGCUCAAACCCAAACUGGUGUCACGACCAGAUACUGGUAAGUUCUGCAAACUUACUGCAGCUUUGGCCCUAACCUUAUAACCAUUAUAACCCUUUAAAACCUUAAAAUGUUAGUUUUAUUGAGAAAACUAUUCCUUUAUAGGGAUUGUUGUAAGGUUUCCUGUGGAUGGUCAGGAAAAGCUUCCGUCAGUGCUCCAGUCACAUCGUGUGAUGUCACUGACACUGCUUUGAACGACGAUGGUAACACUCAAUCUGCUUGCGAUGGUGGCAGUGCUUACACUUGUUCAACUCAACAACCAUGGGCCAUUAACGACACUUUGGCCUAUGGUUUUGCCGCUGUUAACAUUGCCGGCCAAUCUGAAUCCGACUGGUGCUGCUCUUGCUACGCUUUGACCUUCACCAGCACUGCUAUUGCUGGAAAGACUCUUGUUGUUCAAGCUACCAACACUGGUGGAGAUCUCGGAUCCAACCAAUUUGAUUUGGCCAUGCCCGGAGGUGGAGUUGGUAUCUACAACGGAUGUACUGCUGAAUGGGGAGCCCCAUCUGAAGGCUGGGGAGCUCAAUACGGUGGUGUCAGCUCGGAAGCCGACUGUACCUCGGAAUUGCCAACUGCUUUGCAAUCCGGUUGUGAAUUCAGAUUCGACUGGUUUGAAGGUGCCGACAACCCAAACGUCAGCUUCGAACGUGUCCAAUGUCCAGCUGCCAUCACCGCCAAGACCAACUGCAUCCGUACUGACGAAUCUUCCUAUCCAUCUUUGAACGUCGGAACUUGUGCCGCCAAGAGAAAGUAA